UUCUGUAUAAAAGGUUCAGAAUUUCAUAUAUUACCUUUAUUAAAUUUGUUGGUUUUAUUUUGGUGGGAAUUCAGGAAGUGAGAUGCCUUUAUUUUGAAGAGCCUUUCACAGUGAGCUCACUUCCAGCACUAGAACUUUCCCUUUUCUUUCCUUUUUUACCUGUGUGUGAGACAAGCCUUCCUUCUCCUGCAAGUCAUGUUGAUGUUGACAGCAUUAUGUUAAUGCAAGAAAACUGUUGUCAAUGCUGUUAAUGAUUACCAUCAACCAAGAUUAAAGAUUUGGAUCUACAGCAAAGGCUGCAUCUAGCCUCUACCUGUAUUCUAACAGAUACACCAUAUUGAUAGCCACCUCACCUGGAAAGAGUUAGCUUUAACCAAACCCUCCUUUACAUUGGUCCUUCGAGCUGGAUAAGGGCUAUCAAUAUGGAUCCAGAUAAAGAGUUGCAUCCUACUGUGAGACCUAAACGGCAGAUCAGCCGACCCGGCAGAUUUGAGGGGUUUGAAGUAAGUUACGCUGGAGCUUCUCCUGGAAACAGACUGCAGUGGAAUCUCCCGCCACCCCUAAGCAGAAGACUAGAUCCUGAACUGCAGCACAGCCAAAGCCAGCCUACUUCAUUCUCUCCCCCCUCUAGCUAUAAGAGAGUUAUCCCCCACGGUACUCCCUUCCUGUCGAGACCAAUAAGAAGAGAUCCCUGCACUGAACCUGUAACUCCCUAUUUUCAGGAAUCCCCAUCAGCCUUGUCUCUGCAUGCAGAACUUAGAGCAACCCAUGAAGAGAGAAGACAGCUGCUUCAAGCACAGACGGAGUUGAAAGAUGGUUUGAAGGAGCUGAAUGAAGCGAGGACUGAAAUUAAAGCUCUAAUCGAAGCCACAAACGCCUUGCGAAUGGACAUGAAUCAGUUAGCUGCACCACAACAUUCCUCUCAUACCCCCUCACAAGAUAGCAUAGACAGACCUAGAAGCCAUUUUCCUACUAUCGAUUUGAAAGAAGAAGAAGAAGAGUGGCCUGACCCUCCACCAUGGCCAGAACCUGAGGACCAAAACAGUGGCUUAUAUGACCUCAAACCCAUGGAUCAAGAUUUUCAACCAAUCCAGCGAUCUUCCCCUUUCAAAGGUGCAUCCCCUUCACACUACAAGCCUGCCCAGCUUACCCAGAAUACGGCCCAGUUUGAGGCUCCUGCUAAGGAGAGUGAGGUAAUGCAUCCUACAUUUGCACCUUACCUGGCAUCCUCUUCCCACCCAGCUCCAACCAAUUUAGACUUCUUUUCUGGAAAGCCCUCAGCUACCAAACAUUCAUUUACAGCUACAGGUGCCAGUCAUACACAGCAACCCCGCUGCAGAGAUGAUAUUACCCCUACAGUUGAGGUAGUGUAUAGAGGACCUAAACCUACCAUACCAAAGUUUAUUCAUUCAGACCCCUGCGAGUUUGCAAGACUUCGCAUUGCACUUGAAAACUUGCUGCCCUCUAACGCUACAGAGCUGUUCAAAUAUCAAAUUCUUGUGGACAAUUUGAGACUAGAUGAAGCUAAGCUUAUUGCUGACGCUUAUCUUAACUCACCCAACCCUUACACUGACACCAUGGCUGCUCUUCAUGACAAAUUUGGACAACCACAUCAGCUUGCCCUAAAAAAGAUAGCAAGUGUUCUUGACGGUCCUGAAAUAAGGCGAGGUGAUCUAAUAGCUUUCCAGAAGUUCUCCCUCCAGGUGCAGUCCCUAGUAGGCCUGUUACAAACCUUAGGCCCGGAAGGACAAGUAGAACUUAACUGUGGGUCACAUGUAGCUCGACUCUUAGGUAAGCUACCUCCUGAGCAACGGGCUGACUUUCAAAAGCACCAGUUCAAACAGCCUGGGAAAUCCUACACCCUACAUGACCUCUCUGACGGGCUCCAUUAUGAAUCAUGGUGUCAGGGCUUUGACAGCCAGACCACAGGAAAGGGUGGUAGAGAGAGAAACAGCUCAAAGUAUGAAGGGCGAACUGGUAAACACAGUUACAGUGCUCCAUAA